AUGGAUAAGCAGCGUAAGUCGAAGCAUCCCAAGACCAGUGCCACCAUUGUUGCAUCUACUUCUGAAGAAGUGAGCAGUCUUGAGUGGGAAGAAGUAGCAAUGACCCAAGAAGAAGAGGAUUUGAUUUGCAGAAUGUAUAAGCUUAUCGGUGAAAGGUGGGAAUUAAUAGCUGGGAGGAUUCCAGGAAGAACAGCAUACGAGAUUGAGAGGUUUUGGGUGAUGAAGAAUCAUGGAAGAUCUCAAUUACGUUGAUUGGCAAACUUUCUGUCUUUUUUUAAUAUAAUAAUGAAAACAAAUUAUACCUCUAUUUGUGGUUAAUUCUGCAGUUUUGUUCGUGUGUGUCUAUAGUUGAUGUAUCUCGGGAUUUCAUAUUUUGUGUUUCUGAGUUGUAUGUUAUUAAAAUAAACACUUAAAAAAAUUAUGU